AUGGGGACAACUGACGUGAGAGUCGAUGUGAAGCUAAAUAAGCAGAUUUGGAGCCGAGGUAUCAGGAGUGUGCCGAGGAGGGUUCGUGUUCGUAUUGCACGGAAGAGGAACGACGAGGAAGAUGUUAAGGAGGAGUUCUACUCUCUAGUCACUGUUGCCGAAAUUCCGGCAGAGGGGUUGAAGGGGUUGGGCACUAAGGUUAUUGAGGAGGACGAAUGA